AUGCCGCCGAAGAAGCAGCCCCAGGGAGGGUCUAGCAGCAAGCAGAAGGACGACAAGACCUUCGGCAUGAAGAACAAAAACCGGUCGGCGAAGGUGCAGAAGCAGGUCGCGAUGAUCGAGAAGCAGCAGUCGAUGGCGGGCAAGUCGCGCGCGACGCUCGAGAAGGAGAAGGAGAAGGAGAUGCGCGAGAAGCAAAAGCUGGAGGAGGAGAAGCGGAAGCGGGAGGAGGCCGCGCUCUUCAAGCCGGUGCAGGUGCAGAAGGUGCCGUUCGGCGUCGACCCGAAGACGGUGCUGUGCGCGUUCUUCAAGGCGGGGACGUGCGAGAAGGGGACCAAGUGCAAGUUCAGCCACGACGUGAACGUGAACCGGAAGGUGGAGAAGAAGAACUUGUACGAGGACAACCGGGACGACAAGCUCACAGACACGAUGGAGUCCUGGGACGAAGAGAAGCUCCGAACAGUCGUGCUCUCGAAGACCGGAAACCCUCGCACGACCACAGAUAUCGUAUGCAAGUUCUUUAUCCAAGCGAUCGAGUCGGAGAAGUACGGGUGGUUCUGGGAAUGUCCAAACGGUGACAACUGCCACUACCGUCACGCUCUGCCGCCCGGUUUCGUCCUCAAAUCACAGAAGAAGGCGAUUGAGGACGCUGAGAAGGCGAACGCGAUUAGUUUGGAGGAGUUCCUGGAAGUCGAGCGCCACAAACUUGGACCAAACCUCACACCAGUUACGCCCGAGUCAUUCGCAAAGUGGAAACAGACGCGGAUGAACAAGAAGCAGGCGGCAGAGGAGGCAAUGAAGAAGGCCAAGGAUGAUCGACACGCAGCAGGCAAAAACAGCGGAAUGAGUGGACGAGAUCUGUUCACUUACAACCCCGAGUGGUUCGAAGACGAGGAGGAAGCAGACGAAGAGGAGUGGGACUUGGAGAUGUACCGGAAACAGAAAGAAGAGGAGGACCUGAAGGCAGAGGAGGAGCGCAUUCGCAAUCUGUCGCUCAACGGCGGCGAUUCAAGCUCCUCAACCUCUGUCGCUGCCGACGACGCCGACGGCGGAACGGAGUGA